ACCCCUCGUUCUCUCUCCUCUCCACUACCCGCGCGCGCUCUGCCUCGCUCGCUGCCCGAGCCCCCAAGCCCCCCGAUGGCGGCGCCGCCGUGGGUGAUCCUACGCCGCUGCCUCGGCCUCGUCCCCGCCACGGCGGAGGCGGAGCGCCCCGUCCCCAUCUCCGUCGCGCUCAGGGAGCCGCCGCGCGUCACCGUGCUCGACGUGUCCCCAAGCGUCCACCGCGGCCCCCGCCUCGGCAAGCUCCCCUACCUCGUCGCCACCGGCCCCAGCGUGCUCCUCGUCUGCUUCUCCUUGGGCGAGGUCCCCACCGUCACCGACGACCUCGUUCUGGUGCGGAGCUUCGUCUCGCCGGGGGACCCAUUGCGCCAGCCGACCACGGGCUCCCCCGACCUCGUACCCCGGCGCACCGGGCCCUCCAUGCCCGUCUCCUACACCAUCAGGAGCGUCGGCCUCACCUCCGCGCUCUUUGGCGGCUACCUGAUCGCCGAGCUCCAGGUCACCAGGAGCAGCGACCACGCCAAGCUCCUCCGCAUCUUCUCGCUCGACGAGCGGUGGUUCGGCAAGGCCAGCCUCUUCUCGAGCGACGACCAGUGGAAUUGGACCGAGAAGGACCUGCCCAGCCCCUUGCCCACCACGGAUGGCAGGGUGCAGGAGUGGUCUCCCUCCGGCGUGGUCGACCACGACAAGAAGCUCUGGUGGUUCGACCUCUCGUGGGGGCUCAUCAGCUGCGACCCCAACAUCAUCGACGACCCCAUCCUGCGCUUCCACGACCUCCCGCCGGGCCGCUAUCUCGUUGAGCCCCGGCCGUUCAUCCACACCAUCCGCUGCAUCUGUGUCAGCGACAACAUGCUGCGGUACGUGGACAUCGCCCGUGACCAUGAUGUAGACGGCUUCUCGGCGGCCGUCGAGGAGAAGGUGGCCAUGUGGACGGGGAUCCCCAUCUCUGACGGCGGUGGCGGCGAUGGUGACCACAGCAUUAGAUGGUACCACACGUACGAGAUGAGCUUCAAGGAGAUCUGGAACGACGCCAGCUACCGGGAGACCCAGCUGCCGGCGUUGAUCCCUGAAAUCGUGCUCGUGCACCCCAGGCACCCCAAUGUGGUCUACUUCUUUCUAGGGAGGAGCCUCUUCGCCGUCGACGUGCCUGCGCAUCGGGUCGUGUGGAUCGUCAAGGAUGCCCACAAGCUCGUGGCGCCGGGCUGCAGGCGCUGCGUCCUCCCAUGGGACCUGCCAGCCUCGAUUGCCAACGGUAUUGUGGAUGCUGUUGUUCCUGCUGAAGGAGAAAGCGGAUCGUCAUCGACAACUCCAGGGGCGAGCUCGAGUGGCGUGGGACAUGAAUAAGGUCUGCUUGUCAUCAUGAAAGGUGCACAAACUUAUGCCCUGCUGAAUACUUCGUCAAAGGUGGGAGUACUUAGAUCAUAGAAUGUGGUUUGGAUCAUUUUCCAGUGUUGGUCUCAGACAGAAAUUGCUCUAGGAGUUAGAUCAACAUUGCCCUUGCGCAGAAAUUGCUCCAAGUUCGCUCUGUUCUACGCAUGAUUUCUUUCAUAUGUACGUAGGAGUUGAGGCUCCGUGAUGAUGAACUCAUUGCAACA